AUGAUUGACCCGAGCGACGACUUCGUCCCGUCGACUCCUUCGACCUCGCCACCCAAGCGCACCCUCCUUCUAGCGCCUCCCUCUCUCGCAUCGCACUCCUCCGCCCUCACGUCUGUUCUAUCCGACUAUGACCGCUCCGUCACCGAUCUCCAGAUGCUCGACCGUCUCUCCGCGGGACUGGUCAACCUGCCGACCUCCACCUACGACCUCGUCCUGAUCCUGGCGGAUGCCUCCUCCAUGCUGGGCGAGUCUCUCGCCUUGAUGAACCGAACCGUCCUCGGCCCCGUUGCUGAAGCACUCAAGCCCAACGGUCGAUUGCAGGGGCAGAACGGAAACAACUUGGAGGAGUCGACGCUGUCAAAGGAGGCAGUCCUGGCCGGUCUGGUUGCCUCCCGAGGAGGCUUCGAGAAGCCCGACUACGGCGAGAGCGAAGGUGUCGUUAGCCUAAAGUUCGGAAGCAAGAAGAAGAAGAACCAGGGUGGAUUUACUUUUGGAGAUGGGUCGGUUUCUCUUAAGAGGAGUGCGCCCAAGGUUGAGCCACCAAAGCCUGUUGCCCCCGCCGGUGUCGGCUUCAUCGACCUGAGCGACGAUUUCGACGACGACGACCUCAUCGACGAGGAUGACCUCAUGACCGAGGAAGACCUCUUACGCCCCAUCAACAUCCCCGCCGAGUGCCAGCCCAAGCCCGGCAAGCGAAGGCGCGCCUGCAAGGAUUGUUCGUGUGGUCUUGCCGAACGCCUCGUCGCCGAAGACGAUGCCAAGCGUGCCGAAGCCGACAAGAAACUCGAGAGCGUCAAGCUUGCCUCUGACGAUCUGGCGGAAGUCGACUUUACCGUCCAGGGCAAGGUGGGCUCCUGUGGCAACUGCGCCCUGGGCGAUGCAUUCCGAUGCGACGGCUGCCCCUACGUCGGUCUGCCGCCCUUCAAGCCCGGCGAGGAGGUUCGACUGCUGAACAUGGAUAUCCAACUGUAA